AUGAGUGGCCGAUUGGCAACCAUGUCGUUCUUGGCACCCUUGCGUGCAAAUCCCGCUUUUAACCAUCGCCAGCAUCACCAUCGAGCCUUUAUCGUUCCCGCCAUGGCAUCCUCUUCACCCAAAACCCAACAGAGUCGACGUUUCUCUGCCACUGCCAGCAAUUUUACCGUGUACGAGUCCAAGGGAAACUACCUUGCCGAUGCACAACAGUUGGAAGACCCUUCUUUGCCCCUUUAUUCGGCUCAAGACUCGAUCCCUCGCUUGCCCGUGCCUACUUUGGAGGACACCUGCCGCCGCUUUCUUCCCACGGCACUGCCAUUGGCCAACAAUAACGACCAAAUUACCGCCAGUCUAAAGCAAGCCGUGGAAGAAUUUCCAGCUCAAGCCAGCACCCUCCAGCAACGAUUGCUGCAACGUGCUCAAGACAAUGCUUCGUCCUCGUGGCUUCAGGAAUGGUGGAACGCGCUGGGGUAUCUCCAAGUUCGGGAUCCCGUUGUGGUACACGUGUCCUACUUUUUCCGAUGCGAUGACGACCCCACCUUGGAUCGACUCAUCGUCAACCAAAACAAAAACACCCCCGCGUCCUACCAACCUUGCGUCGCACGCAGUGCUGCCUUGCUGCCCGUGGCCAUUCAAUAUGCCAAGGAUAUGUUGUCCAAUCAUACCCAACCGGCAACCAUGGGUCGACGGGGACAGCAAGUCACACUGUGUUCCUCGCAAUACAAAUACAUGUUUCAAGCCUGUCGGAUCCCGCAAAAGGACAGUGACACCUACCGUCUCUAUUAUUCCACCAAGAAGAAUCAACCACAGCAGCAGCAGCAGCAUGUUAUCGUUGCCUGUCGGGGACAAUUCUUUGCCAUCCCAGUCAAUGAUGACCAACAAUUGACACAACGACAAUGGAGACAAGUGCUGCAUCAUUGUAUUGAACAUACCAACCCAACAACAAAAUCCAAUCUGCCACCUUCCUUGGGAUGGUUUACCGGCAUGAACCGUGACAACUGGGCAGAAGCACGCAAAGCCUUGUUAGAGCAAGGAGGUGCUCCACUGCAAGAAGCAUUCACUUGUUUGGAAAGUGGCCUCUUUAUGAUUUGCCUUGAUAUAGAUGAUGAGAUCCGAGACGAUCGAGACCGGGCUUUGCAAUUCUGGCACGGACGUGGCGACCGAACGUCGCUGGACUACCACAAUCGGUGGCAUGACAAGUCCGCUGCCAUUAUCGUCACGCAAAAUGGAAAAAUGGGAUUCCAGGGAGAACAUUCCAUGUUGGAUGGAAUGCCCUUUGUGGACUUUUGUGAUACCAUGGUGGCACGGGGAACUGUGGACGAGGAUUGUCUUGUAGCAGCAGACGAAGAACACACCAACAACAACAACGGAGAACCACCCUGCCAAGUCACCAACAUUUUUCAACACGCUUUUGACACCAUGCCGGCUACGGCACGGUCGCAAAUUAACUCUGCUCUGUUGGAUGCCCGUCACGAGUUCUUGCAAAACACAGACGCCUACGAGUUGCAUGCGCAAAACUAUGAUGGCUACGGAAGCAACGUUAUGAAACGGGCCAAGUGCAGUCCUGAUGCCUAUAUUCAAAUGGCAAUGCAGCUGGCCAGCUAUCGCAUGUUUGGAGAACCACUGGCAACUUAUGAAUCAACGCAAGUGCGACGGUUCCUUCACGGGCGAACGGAAACUGCCCGCACCGUAUCCCCUGCUAGUGUGGCGUUUUGUGAAGCCAUGACGCCUCGAGACAGUCCACAAAACAGCGAGCUUCGAGCCCAUCGCUACAAACUCCUGCAAGAAGCUUGCAACAGUCAUGUACAGUAUGUCCGAAAUGCAGUUGUCGGUCAGGGAGUGGACCGUCAUUUCUUUGGAUUGUCCAUGUGUUUGGGUGACGACGAGAAGCAGCCAGACUUGUUUUCUCAUCCCUUGUUUGCCAAGUCCAAAAGUUAUCGCAUGAGCACAAGCUCCCUGCCCAAUUGUGCUGUUGGAUUCGGUCCCGUAGUCAGUGAUGGAUUUGGUUGCGGUUAUGAAGCCAAACCGACGUCGUGCAUCUUUCAUGUGUCAGCCCUGAAAAAACAUGGCUGGACGGAACCCAUGGUAGAGCAUCUCGGUGAAGCUUUGGAUGACAUGAGGGCUCUUUUCGACCUCGAGGAAGAGCUUCCGCCGCCUAGAAAUAAACUAUAG